GUGACACUUCGGAACGCCGGUGCAUCGGUUGCGAUUGGUUUGUGCGCGAUGAUUAACCUCAAGUGGCAGCUGGUGAUUAGUGCGUUGUGGUUGGGAUGGGUGGCUGUUGUGAGGGGUCAAAUACCGGGCUUGGGAGGAUGUCCGGAUUAUAGUCCUAUCGCCAAGUUCAAUCGAAGCCGGUUCUUGGGUACUUGGUAUGAAGUGGAACGGUAUUUUACGGUCAGUGAAGUCGCCACCAAGUGUGUUUCGGCAACCUACGAACUGCAACCGGAUGGAAAGAUCUACGUUCGGAAUGCGCUGACGAAUCGAUUUAACAACGUCGAACGCAUAAUUUCCGGUGUAAUGGUGCCUCCCGGUAAGACGAAAAACGGAAAGUACACCGUUCUCUAUCAGUCUUUCCCGUACAACUACAACGCUUCCUUCAUGGUUUUGGACACCGAUUAUGAUAACUUUGCAGUAGUAUAUUCCUGUAGCAACAUUGGCCCCAUUGGUCACACAGUAUCCGCCUGGUUGUUGGCCCGCGAGCGACUUCCACCGGGACCGAUCUUGCAGCGUGCGUACGGGGUUUUGGACAAGUAUCGCAUCAAUCGUACCUUCUUCGUCAAAACCAUCCAGGAGGAUUGUGUUAUUCGGCCCCCACCGGAACCGGCAAUAGAUCCAACGGAACCGUCAACCCAAACUCGGCUGGGUUUGGACACGAAAUCGCCUCCCACCGAGCAGGAUUUGCUUCAGCUGCGGAAUGACAUUUUCGCCAUCCCCGAGGGAAUAGAAAUCGAUCCGAUCGUUAAUGAGAAUGAAUAAUUUAACAUCUAACAUAACCUAACAGCGAAUAAAAG